GUGAAGGUGCGGUACGAGGACUCGGCGCUGGACCUGGCGCUCAUGGCGUGGUUCAUGGCGAAGAUCGGCGCGGCUAUCGACGCGCCGAAACCGAAAGAGAUAUCGUACGACGAGUUCAUCGCGCUGUGUUUCUUGCAGAUGAAAGGACGAGACGCGGUAGGGAUGGGUGACGUGACGGCGGGGGUGAUUCGGUCGCUGGUGCCGCCGGGAGGGAACGCGGCGUUCAGGGCGCUGUUCCCGCCGAAUCGAUUUUCUUGCGAGCUCAACGCGACGAUCACGAAAAUCGUGUUCGCGUGGAUGGUGGGACCGAUGGAGGUGGAAACGACCACGGAGAAUGAUCUUGGGAUCGAGAUGGCGUCCAAGGUGCACAUAAAGAAGUGUCGGUGGCUUCAAGAGAGCGGGUGCACGGCGAUGUGCGUGAACAUGUGCAAGUGCGCAACGCAAGAAGUUUUCACGGACGAUUUCGGGUUGCCGCUCACCAUCAAGCCGAAUUUUGAAAACAAAAGUUGCGAUUUCUACUUUGGACUCACACCACCGCCGAUUGAAAAGGAUGAAGCGUUGUUGUUCGGAUGCAAUGCGUUGUGCGCGACGGCGGCGCCGGAUUCG